CGAGAAAUUGCGAGUCGAGUUUUAAAACUUUGAGAGCUAUCUUGUAGUUUAUUGAAGACCAUCCUGAACACGAUCAAUAUGUGGAGUUUCUUCAAUAUUUACAAUUGGACGAUCUAUUACCAGACGAUGCAUGCAUCGACAGCGAAAACGAUACUGAAUCUCCACCAGCGUUUGCACCGGUUGCAAUCGAUGAGCCGUUACUGAAAAUGGUCACCAGUCCUUCCACUCAAUCCACGUAUUCCAAUGGUUAUCCUGUCACACCGCUCAUGUCACCUGUUUCGCGCCACAUGGACCCUUAUAUGAUACACAUUCAGGGCAUGAUGGACGAGUUUAGUUAUAUGGAUCACAGCAGCGUGCAGAAAAACCUUGAAUUUUCCAAAUCGCCGCCGCCCUCCACCGCAUCCGUGUCGCAGUAUGCAGUACAAAUGCUGCAAGACGAUGUGGCAUUAUUAGCGCAAGAAAUCGAUGCAUUACGGCAAACUAUCAAACAACGGGAACGACGAAGACGCCAACUGCGGUGGACGUGGGUUCGAUUCCUUAAAUCCUUGGUACAACAUGCAGUCAUCAAUUCUUUCCUGGCAUUUGUGAUUUUCUGGUGUCUUUGGCGCCAGCGGUCACCUAUUGCUUAUACCAUUAUUGGUUAUAUGCGGCCCAAGGUCAAGCAGAUGCUUCGGGUCAUUGUCCAUUCGAUGCUGCAUUGACAUAAUAAAUCAUCUCGCUUACUGUUUUC